UAAAACGAGUAAACUCGACUAGGAGUAGUUAGUUUCUUCCGCAGUCCGCACCCACCACACCACCCACAGUCCCCACUCCACUCGCAAAUCACAGCCGGCCUCCGGAGACGGAGAGAGGGAGAAGCACUAGACUAGAGUCUUCCUCUUCCGCUCUCGCGCCGGCCGACGUCCGCAUGGCCGCCACCGCCACCGACGAUUUCGAAAGGUGGUGGGAGACAUUCAACAAUGGCCGCACCGUCGACCAAGGGCAACACGAGGACGAGGACGGGACGGACUCCUCCGAUUCCGGUUUCGAGCUAGUGCAGCAGCAGCAGGAGAAUGCGUGCGUGCUGGCGGGCGAGGAGCUGGCGCCGGACGCCCACGCGCCCGCCGGGAGGGAGGGCGCCGCCCGCGAUUGCGACGUUGCAGAGGAGGGGGUUUCUGAGGAUGGCCAUUUUCCGCGUCAAGGUGAGCUGCAGGGAAGGAACAGAGAAGCAGCCGCCAAACUAAGUACGCCACGGGCUUCUGAAGGUGAAGAGGAAGGUGAAGCCGAGCAUGUUUCUGGGGACAACCACAUACAGAUUGGAAGCGGGCUGCUUGAGAUCCAGAACAAAGAAGGUCAAGACAAGUAUGUUUCUGCGGACAAGUAUGUUCAGAUUGGAGGCUGGGAGCAAGGAAGGAAGAGGAAAGCAACUGUGAGUGUGACACCGAACGGAGUGCAACCAAUUGGAAUUGAAAUCCAGAACAAAACAAGUCACGGUGAGUGUCUGAGAGCUGAGAAUCAGAUGGUGAGGCUGCAGAUCGUUAGCAAGACCGAAGAGCUCGAUGCCGAACAGGUUCGGAGACUCAAACUGGAGUUGCAUCUCAAGACAGAGGAGAACAAGUCUUUGAAGAAGCAGAAUGAAGAGUUGAGAGCUGAGAAUGAGUACUACAGAAAGACCGCAAAUCCACAGAAAAAAAGGAAGGCUGUGCGGGUUCUGUAAGGAAUAUGUACUUGACCAUGACUACCGCAACUGCCCCGAGAGGCGAACUUCCACUUUCUGAUGAAGAUGAAUGAGAUGGCUCCAACUAACACCCAGUGAAGUUAUAUUGUGUUAAUUGUUAGAUAAUCUUAUUUACGUUGCUAUGUUUAGUUGUGUGUGAUCAGCGCUGCCGUGGAAAGUUAGCAGUGUUCUAGUGGUAGGCUGUAUCCGGUACGUGUAGUUUGAGUCCAAGUCGGUUCAGACUUUGUAGUGGGCAGGUUUUGGCUUAGAGGUACAGAACCAAGAGUACUAGUCGUUGUACGUAUUAGGUUAGGUUAAUUGAUGACGUUUUUGGUAGACGAAAUAUUAGACGUCCGACUAGGUUUGGUACCAGUCUCAUACGUGUUCUAGUAGUGCUUGUAAUCAGAUGUAGAAGUACUAGUAGGAUACGUGUGUGGCUAUUGCCUUGCAUUGGCUGAGUUGGUGUCCGUGUAAGACUUGGUCUGAUGCGUUGGUUGGUUUGGCUGUGUAUAUAUAUACACACGACCAUGACCUUGAGUUGAGACAGAAGGAAGCAAUAAAAGGGAAAAUUAGGACACGACAAGGGCCCUUGGCUACAAGAUUUUGUGUGCGUGUGUUUAUCGUGAUUUAAUGUAAUCGAUCUUGAGGGUUGAGUUCCAACAUUAAUACCUACAUAGUAGGAUUUAGUUA